GUGCGCAGUCCUCCGCCCCGACAGUAGCCGGGCGAUUGCCACGCUCGCCGAAAGUAGCCAAAAGUGCCUCAGCAGCGGUGAUGGGUAAUGCUAUGGGCACCAGCAACCCUGGAAACACAGCAAAGCACCCCGGAACCACGGGGCAUGGCCCUUAUCUUAUCGGCUAGUUACAUGGCAUAUUUCGCCGGGGACCCGCGGCUGCCACUGCCGGCAGACCGUUUGCCCAGCGUGGAUAUCAGAACAGGCUAGAUGGAUGUGUAUAUAUAUCGCUGGGGAUAGCUAGCUUGUUCUCGUCUCCAUCACAGAUCGAAAUUCCUUUUUAAAAAAAACACAGCACGAGUUGACACUGUGUCACGGUGUCACAGUGAAACACAUAGCACACACUUAAAAAACACUCCAGAACGGGAUUUAUACAUAUAUAUAUUUACGUAGACAUGGCUCCCGCUGCUAUUUCCCCACCCGGCAGUCCACGCCGACAAACCAACGUGAUCUGUCCAGCUACAAGGGCUACGACCAUGUCCACUGGUACGUGGGCAAUGCAAAACAGGCCGCCGCCUACUACACAGCCCGCAUGGGCUUCGAGAAAAUCGCAUACCGAGGCCUGGAGACCGGAUCCAGGGUCGUCGCCUCGCACGUCGUCGGCAACGGCGAUAUUACCUUCGUCCUGACCUCGCCCCUGCGAUCACUAGACCACCUCUCUCAGUUCAACGACGAGGAGCAGGCGCUGCUAAAGGAGAUCCAUACGCAUCUGGAAAAGCACGGCGAUGGCGUGAAGGACGUUGCGUUCGAGGUCGAUGAUGUUCAGGCUGUUUUCAACGCCGCGGUGCGGAAUGGGGCCACGGUUGUGUCGGGCAUUAAGAUGCUGGAGGAUAAACAGGGGGUGGUCAAAGUGGCUACCAUACAGACAUACGGCGAGACGACGCAUACUUUGGUCGAACGGGCGGGAUAUUCCGGCGUUUUCUUGCCCGGUUAUCGAGAGGAGACGGCCAAGGAUCCCCUUUCAAGACAUCUACCGCCAGUCCCGCUGCUGCAUGUUGAUCAUUGCGUUGGCAACCAGGAUUGGGAUGAGAUGGACAGAGUUUGCGAAUAUUAUGAGAAAGCCCUAGGCUUCCACCGAUUCUGGUCCGUCGAUGAUAAGGAUAUCUGCACCGAAUUCUCCGCCUUAAAAUCUGUCGUCAUGGCCUCGCCCAACGAGCGUGUAAAAAUGCCCAUAAACGAGCCCGCAAGGGGCAAGAAACAAUCCCAGAUCGAAGAAUACAUCAACUUCUACAACGGUGCUGGCGUCCAACACAUCGCGCUCCGAUCGGACGAUAUCAUCCGCGACAUCACAAACCUGAAAGCGCGCGGUGUCGAGUUCAUUAAAGUUCCCGAGACAUACUAUCAGGAUAUGAAGGUGCGGUUGGAGCGGGGCGGGAUGAAGUUGAAGGAGGACUUUGAGGCUUUGAAGAGUUUGGAUAUUCUCAUUGAUUUUGAUGAGGGCGGGUAUUUGUUGCAGCUGUUCACCAAGCACCUCAUGGACCGUCCCACCGUCUUCAUUGAAAUCAUCCAACGCCACAACUUCUCUGGCUUUGGCGCGGGGAAUUUCAAAUCCCUCUUCGAGGCCAUCGAGCGCGAGCAGGCGCUGCGUGGUAAUCUGAUUUAGAGAAGCAAAAACACGCGACACGACACUAUAGAUGACGUCAAUUUUGUUAUUCUCUGCGCAUUUUUGGUUGGUUUUUCUUUAUAAUCGCAUCAUUUGUGCUGUAUAUCAUGCGAAUUCUGCUGAAUGAUUUGUUCUUUCUUUCUUUAUUUUCGACAAUUUUGUGGCGGCAUAUGACGUAUGGUUUUUGAUCGUCCAGCCAGCUCUUCGUUUGGAUAUAUCAGGCGGUAGAUGUAUAUAUAAUGGGUGGAUUGCCAGAAAGAACUGCUGUUGUUGAGAGAGGAAACGGUAAGGACCGAAUGACUACUAGAAGCAGUUGGUACCGGGCCGAGGAUGUUGAGUUCUUGCCUUAAUCAGUGUACUACAGUAAAACAACAUAGUCACCAUUAUCAAAUUUUUUAUCACAGCCAGGUCUGGCAUUCUUGUCAUCACUUGCCGCUGGAGCGUGCUUCCUCCCCGUUCUAUUUCCGAGGCGUAAGUAGGCCGAGUAGUACUGCAACCUGAUGAUGGAUCCAGUGGUGUCACGCUUAAGGGGCUACGUUCGUUCUACCGCCCUUCCGGGUUGUAGCGGUGAGGUUGUGUUAUGUAUUUCCCGAACUACCGCGGUCAAAACCCAUUUCUCAACCAUGCGUGCUCUUCGGCCGUAGCGGAUUACGGCAUAUUCGACUCUCACUAAGCCCGAGAGUCGACGAGUUAGCUAGCUCGGAGGAACUUGUUAUAUCCGG